AUGUCUAUCCAUUUCCCUACGGAAUUCGAUGACGAAUAUUGGACAACAUCAAAAUGGCUGCGAGUGGCGUGUAUAGCCGCCAGCUUCCCCUCACCCCUCUACUUGAACUUCUUCCCAUUGGUUUGGGCCUCAGUUCAUCUUGUCCUGCUCCGCAGAGGAGUCAUCUUUCAUCCGCUGUUCAAUGCCUCUCUUGAUAUUCUCUCAAUCGCAGUCUAUCUUCGCAUUGUGCUCUUUUUAGGUCCCGGAUUGGGCGAAUAUAUCUACAAGAUCAUCACGGGUCCUUUUAUGCUGGGAGCUAUGUACGGUCGCCACAUCCUCCUGAUUUGA